CAGGACUACACAAUGCCUUCUUCCAUCUGAGCGAACCCCCAGCCGGUUUGUGUGAGGAGAAAGCAUCCGCUCUUUGGUGCGUCUGACGGAGGAAGGAGCCACAGGAUAUCGGCGCAUCUCGAACCCACCUUGUGUGAAACAGGACAACACACCAAGGAGAAGACAAGAUGGACAUAACGGACCAAGGCGCUCAAAUGGAGCCGCUGCUGCCAACGGAACAACAGAGUCCUCAAGACGGCAAAGAAGUGAGAACAGAUGAAGAGGCGGUGGUCGACCGGGGGGGAACACGCUCCAUGCUCAACACCAACUUUGAGAAGGAGGAGCUAGAAGGUCACAGGACGCUGUACAUCGGGGUCCACGUCCCGCUCGGCAGGAAGUCUCAUCGCCGCCAUCGUCACCAUGGACACCGGCACAGGAAGCGCUCCAAGGAGAGGGAUUCCGGCGUGGACGAUGGCCACGAAUCCCCCUCACACACAGACACGCCGGCCCAGAGGGUGCAGUUCCUGCUGGGGACAGAAGAUGGCGACGAGGAGCACAUCCCCCACGCCCUCUUCACGGAGCUGGACGAGAUCUGUGUCCGGGAAGGAGAGGACGCCGAGUGGAAGGAGACGGCCAGGUGGCUGAAGUUCGAGGAGGACGUGGAGGACGGCGGGGAGCGCUGGAGCAAGCCCUACGUGGCCACGCUGUCCCUGCACAGCCUGUUCGAGCUGCGGAGCUGCAUCAUGAACGGCACCGUCAUGCUGGACAUGAGAGCCAACUCGCUGGAGGAGAUCGCAGACAUGGUCCUGGACCAACACGACCUGUCUGGCUCGGUGGGGCCGGAGUCGCGCCGCCGGAUCCGCGAGGCGCUGCUGAAGCAGCACCACCACCAGAACCACAAGAAGCUGGCCAACCGCAUCCCCAUCGUGCGCUCCUUCGCCGACAUCGGCAAGAAGCAGUCGGAGCCGCACUCCAUGGACAAGAACGGCCAGACUGUUUCCCCCCAGGCUCAGCCCGCAAACACAGAGGGCAAGCAAGAUGUGAGUCGGGAAAACAGCGCAGUGGACUUCAGCAAGAUCGACCUCCACUUCAUGAAGAAGAUCCCUGCAGGUGCGGAGGCGUCCAACGUGCUGGUGGGGGAGCUGGAGUUCCUGGAGCGGCCCGUGGUCGCCUUCGUCCGCCUGGCACCUGCCGUCCUGCUCAACGGCCUGGCAGAGGUCCCCAUCACCACCAGGUUCCUGUUCAUCCUGCUCGGCCCCCUGGGUAAAGGGCCGCAGUACCACGAGAUCGGACGCUCCAUCGCCACCCUGAUGACAGAUGAGGUGUUCCACGACGUGGCGUACAAGGCCAAGGACCGCACCGACCUGGUGGCUGGAAUCGACGAGUUCCUGGACCAGGUGACGGUCCUGCCCCCCGGGGAGUGGGACCCCUCCAUCAGGAUAGAGCCCCCCAAGAACGUCCCCUCUCAGGAAAAGCGGAAGGUCGCGCCCCUUCCCAACGGGCUGACGGACCUGGGGGAGCUUGAGGACCAUGAGGGGCACGGAGGACCUGAGCUCCAGCGCACCGGCAGGUUCAUGGGCGGCUUCCUCAACGACAUCAAGCGCAAGGCGCCGCACUACCUGUCGGACUACACGGACGCCCUGAGCCUCCAGUGCCUGGCCUCCGUCCUCUUCCUCUACUGCGCCUGCAUGUCGCCCGUCAUCACCUUCGGCGGGCUGCUGGGCGAGGCCACCGAGGGCCGCGUGAGUGCCAUAGAGUCUCUGUUUGGGGCGUCCAUGACAGGAAUAGCCUAUUCUCUGUUCGCGGGCCAGCCGCUCACCAUCCUGGGCAGCACCGGGCCCGUGCUGGUCUUUGAGAAGAUCCUAUUCAAGUUCUGCAAGGAGUACGGGCUGUCCUACCUGUCCCUGCGGGCCUGCAUCGGGCUGUGGACGUCCUUCCUGUGUCUGCUGCUGGUGGCCACCGACGCCAGCUCCCUGGUGUGCUACAUCCGCGCUUUCACACGAGGAGGCCUCGCCUCGCUCAUCGCAUUCCAUCUGUCAUAUACGAGGCCCUGGAGAAGCGUGCGGCACCUGGGCCACCACUACCCCAUCAACAAGAACAACAACCUGCAGAUGCUCACGCAGUACUCGUGUGCAUGUGUGGAGCCCAGGGACCCCAGCAACGCCACCCUCCUUUCCUGGGAGGACAGGAACAUCACAGCCUCCCAGGUCAACUGGACCAUGCUGGAGGUCGACGAGUGCAACCUGUUCCACGGGGACUUUGUGGGGUCGGCGUGCGGCCCCCACGGGCCCUACAUCCCCGACGUGCUGUUCUGGUGUGUGGUGCUGUUCUUCUCCACCGUCCUCAUGGCCGCCUUCCUCAAGGAGUUCAAGACCAGCCGCUACUUCCCCACCAAGGUGCGUGCGCUCAUCAGCGACUUUGCGGUGUUCAUCACCAUCCUGACCAUGGUGCUGGUGGACUACGGCCUGGGCAUCCCCUCGCCCAAGCUACAGGUGCCCAGCAAGUUCAAACCCACCAGGGACGACCGGGGCUGGCUCAUCAACCCGGUGGGGCCAAACCCCUGGUGGACCACCAUCAUCACGGUCAUCCCCGCGCUGCUCUGCACCAUCCUCAUCUUCAUGGACCAGCAGAUCACCGCCGUCAUCAUCAACCGCAAGGAGCACAAGCUCAAGAAAGGCUGUGGCUACCACCUGGACCUGUUUGUGGUGGGCGUAAUGCUGGGCGUGUGCUCUGUGAUGGGACUGCCGUGGUUCGUGGCGGCCACCGUGCUCUCCAUCUCCCACGUCAACAGCCUGAAGCUGGAGUCCGAGUGCUCCGCGCCCGGCGAGCAGCCCAAGUUUCUGGGCAUCCGCGAGCAGCGCUUCACCGGACUCAUGAUCUUUGUGCUCAUGGGCUGCUCCGUGUUCAUGACCUCCGUGCUCAAGUUCAUCCCCAUGCCUGUGCUGUAUGGAGUGUUCCUGUACAUGGGGGCUUCCUCUCUCAGGGGCAUACAGUUCUUCGACCGCCUCAAGCUGUUCACCAUGCCCGCUAAGCAUCAGCCCGACUUCAUCUACCUCCGCCACGUGCCCUUGAGGAAGGUGCACCUCUUCACCAUCAUCCAGCUCACCUGUCUCGCCCUGCUGUGGAUCAUCAAGACCUCCCGGGCCGCCAUUGUCUUCCCCAUGAUGGUGUUGGCUCUGGUGUUCAUCCGGAAGCUGUUGGACUUCAUCUUCACCAAGCGCGAGCUGAGCUGGCUGGACGACCUCAUGCCCGAGUGGAAGAAGAAGAAGCUGGAGGAGGAUGCGGAGGAAGAGGAGGAGCACAGCAUUAUAGUGGAGGAGGAAGGCAACAUCCAGUUACCCCUCGAGGGACACUAUAAGAGUGAUACUGGCAUCGAUCCUGCUACAGUAAACAUCACUGAUGAGAUGUCCAAAGGCUCCUUUGGAAAUGUGUGGAAGAGCGUGAACCCAGAAACCGCCAAGCAGGAGCCCAGUGCUAAGAGCAUUCAGAGUGGUGUGGAGAAGAAGCCCAAGCGAAGGAGACACGACAAGAGUUUGGACCGGGAGACGAGUUUGUGAUGACUGGGGGCUGCCAAUCAGGAAGAAGUGAUUUUAAGUGAACAAAGCUGUGCCACACUCUGACCAUCUUUGUACUGUGCUGCACUGUGUUUUUUUUGUCACGUAAGUCUGUGUGCAACUUGUGUAAAAAAAACAAAAAAAACACGAAAACAAACAAAUAAUAAAACAGCAACAAUGUGUUAGUGUCAAUGGGCUGCACCUAUGGGAACAAAUGUUGAUUAUUUUCUAUGUAUAUCAAAAAUGUGGGUGAUACCAGCAACACAAGCAGGGUCCAAUUCUGACGACAUUACAUGACCAAAAGGGCCAAGUCAAGUAAACAAUUUUUAAAAAGAUUAUUUUACUUUAUAGCUCAUUUGUAUUUUGUAUGUUUUUAUAUUUUUUCAGACGCAACCUCACGUUUAAAAAAAACCUGCCAGGGUAAUCCUCCAUUUUGUGGAAUUCCUGUGUAAAAUGUAAUUUUACUGCUAUUUGAUGGUGCACCUCAUGAUAGAGUUAGGCAAAACGUAAUUGCGUAUGUAGGGGCCAAUAUUAUCCCACGUCACUGGUAUCUAAUACAAGUGGCUAUAUAGAAAAACUAGUAAUUUUUUGAAAGCAUUAAAUAUAGAUUUUAUAUAUUCUGUAUAUCUUAAUGUUCUUUUGUGACAUAGAAAGCUCACUAGUCUAUGUCAUUUAAUUAUCUUUAAAAACUGUCUUCAUCGUCUUUUUUUUUAUCAGUGUAUAGCACUUACCCUGUUAU